AUGGAUGAGCCGGCUCGGAUUUUUGGACAUUUUUGUCGUUGGGCCCGGAUCCCGUUCGUUAAACCUUGUCGGCACUGGGCCAUGGAGCGAGAGGGCGCCCCGGUGGAUCCCAUCGGGGGAUCCGCCAACGCCACGCGAAGCGAGAUCGCCCUCCCCGACGGCGCCGUGAUCGAGCUCGAGCGCACCGAGUUCACCGCGAGGCAGGACACCGUGGAGGCGAAGGUGCAGGAUGGCGCGCGUUACCAGGGGCUGCUCUCGCGCGAGGAUUACGACAAACGCAAGCAACGAUUGGGCGAGAGCCUGAGGGCGGAGACGGACCCGGAGGCGUAUCGGCGGGAAAAGCUGCGGGAGGCCAUCGAACGGGAGGACAAGGCGCGGCGGGAGGCUGACGACGCGCGGCGGCGACGGGAGGAGGCGAGGAAAGAGAAACUGAGAGCCGAGCUCGCCGACGUCAAAGACGGAGGGGUGGCCAAGAAGGGCAAGAAGAAGAAGAAAACGAGCGCAAUCCUGUCGUUCGAGGAGGUCGACGAGUGA